AUGGCUCCUGGAAUUGGCAAUGUCAUCCUUCCAACUGUCAGCAUACAACACACAAAACAACCUCUCCCGCAACGACGCCAAACCACCCUCUACCACCACAGCCAGAUAACAACCGACUCGGACGCACUCCAGUUCGAAGCCGCUGCAUCUCGACAACUCAAACUCCACGAUGGUAACUCCAACGAUACUCAAUCACCAGAGGAGAAUCUGUUGAUAACCUCUCCUUACAACUCCCCAACCCACCUCCUCGACCUGACAACCCUCGAUACCGCAAACCAACUCUUCGCCAAAGCCCUCACCAUAUUCACCCCCAUCCGCCCCGACUACGCCGUAGCCCCGUAUCUCGAGUCUUUUAACUGGGCCGCCGUUUUCUCAUUCCUCCGCGAACUCUCGCAAGCAGAAUGGUACCACUUUCCGCGAACAAGUUUCUAUGUCGUCGCGUUUCGGUCGAGAUUAUUUCCCGAUGCGGAUGGAGACCGGUUAGGUCUGUUAGAUGACUAUUCGCAUCGGGAGGCGACAGAGAGCGGGGGGCUGUUGAAAUACUGGUAUGGGCGGAAAGAUGGGGAGUAUCGAAAUUUGGCGACAUGCCUUUGGAAGAGUCGAGAGCAUGCGCGGAAUGGGGGGAUGGGACCAUGGCAUCAGAAGGCGAGGGCGGCGGGGAGUGAGAUGUAUGAGAAGAUUGAGUUCACGACGAUGGAGUUGUUUGUUGAGGAUGAUGUGUCCGGGUGGGAGAUGAGGGAUUGGAGUUGA